AAACCAGACCGUCACGGCAACCUGGCUGACGCUUUAAGAACCUGCACUUCCUGUUGGUAAACUGUGAAAGUGACCAAUUUGAUACGCGGAAACAGUUUUUCCUCCACUGUUAACUUGUAGUUUAUCUUCAGGAAACUUAACUUAGCAAUGACUUUCUUUAGCCGACUCUUUUUUUUCCGAAAGGCUGAAGGCAGGAAAACAAGCUGAGCUCUUCUCGCACUCUUCCGUCCUGCACUGAAAGAAAGGUUUGCAAUGAAUUUAACACGGCCAAAGUCCUCCAAAGGGCGAAGCAGAACCGCUGUGGACAGCUCUGUUUUCGAUGAUUACGCGGACUACAGCGCCCAGAGGCCCCCUGUGUCUCCACACUCUCCUGCCGGGUCGGAGAGAAACCUCCGCUCCCAGUCCCAGCCUAUAAUGUGGCAGACUGGGCAGCAGAGCCCGGGUGAAGUCCUGCAGAUGCCCCAUCAGGCUCCCGCUGCUCCACCUCAGUCCUUAAACAAGUACAAGGUGCUUCCAUCCAUAGAGAGGAGACAUUCAGAGGUGAGACGCCUAGAGAGACACAUGUCCAAGCUACACCUGUCUGAUGAUGCCACCCUGCAGCAAAGGCAGGAGGGGCCACAUCCCCCCAGAGGGAAAGCCAGCAGCUCUGCGAGGGACCUCCAAGUCUGGCCCAAGCACCCACCUGAUCCAGGACCACAAACAACCAAAGAAGCCCCGAGUAGUUUGCUCUUGGCUAUUAGGGCACCUUGUGGCAGGAGGUUUCAGCAGCAGUUUAACCCAGGAGACACCCUGCUGCAGGUAAAGAUCAGUGCAGAGGCCAUGUAUGGAGUCCAGUACGGAGAGGCGUCAGUCGAGACCAUGGAUGUGCCACGCAGGACCUUCACUGACAUGGAGAUGACUUUGGCCCAGUGUGGCAUCGUCAACAGAUCGGUUCUGUGCAUUUCUCACAAUGACAGCGACGUGGAGAAAGAGUCAGGGUAAUGAUCAAGUGUUGAUAUGCUGUCGUAAUCUGGAUAAUUUAAAGUCCUCCGGCAAUUAAAAUUGUUUCGUUAAUUCUUUCUUGAAUCAGAUGAUUGACUUUCACUUUGCAGAAGGAUGUGCGCACAGAGUUUGAUCUAAACAAAUCUCAGAAACAAAUCCCACAACUGGUUGGAGCUGAUCCCAGUGCAAUGUGACACUCACACCAGUGAUGAUGAAAUCUGAACCUGCAGUGCACAUACGCUCGGAAACUGACUUUUCAGCAAUAUUAAAGGUCACAUAUUAUCCCCCUCCUCAACCAGUUUAAAUAAGUCUCAGAGCUCCCCAAAACAUG